GCCAAGAAACUGUACGAGGACACCAGAGAACGCUCUUUCCAAGCGCUCUGGUGUAACGAUCGACCGUCUUUAUUCUAGUGACUGAUUAGAUGUCAUUGUAUUCACUACUGUUGAAACAAAUGUUCUGCUUUACUAUGUGUAGCAUUUAAGUGCAAACAUGUUGUGGUUUGUUACAUUUUUGGUUAAAAAAGUUUGGGCAUGUAAAAAAUAUGUUGGGCAUGUAAAAAUUCUUAAGUAACUGGUCCGACUGGCAUGUAACUUUUCAAAGCUAAUUUCGAAGACUGUAGACCUUUGAAAGAUUAUCAAUGAUGAUGAUUCUGAUGAUGACCACUUACACCAGGUGACUGCCUUACUUAGAUCCAAUCAAAGAAACUUUCAACGUUUUUUAGCAAGUUUGGACCAGUGGAAUAUUGCUACAUUGUCACUGACCACUUGAAAGGCUGGUCGAGAGGUAUGGCAUUUGUAACAUUUUCUGAUGCAGAAUCAAUGAAAAAAGCCCUGGCUGCCUCUGAAAGUGAAUUAGUUUUGGAUUCAAGACGAAUGAGAGUUCAGCCAGCAGAAUUGUCUCCUAAAGCGACCUACUGGGAUGAACACAAGAAUCUGGAGGAGAAUGAAUCUGACCACACAGAAGAGGAUGAUGCGAGCACUCUUUCUGCAGGUGUAGAUAUUUUAUUAGAUGAGAUUCUGAUACACGUAUUUUCAAUGCUGUCAUGGAAAGAGAGACUUGGUAUUGAGCGUGUGUGCUGGCGAUGGAAACACCUGGUACAAAGGACCUGGAUCAACAUCAAACAUCUCAGCUUCAAGAGGGUCUUUAAAGCUUUUUUAGGAUUAACAGACAGAACAUUGGAUUGUAUUCUCAUGCGAUGUGGAGCCUACCUAGACACUCUGGACUUGUCAGCCUCCCCCAGAAUGGUGACCACUUUUGCCAUGGAUAUCAUAGGAAAGCAUUGUUCAUGUUUGAAGAAUCUGGACCUAACAGCAGUGAAUGUAACAGACGUGUCACUGAGAAAUCUGGCCAGCAAAUGUACCCAUCUCUGUUCUCUGAUCUUGACCCGGUGUCUCCUGGUCACUGACAAAGGAGUUGGGCACAUUUUGCAGUUUUGCAAGAUGCUCUCACACCUGGAUUUAGCUGAGAUUCCUCUCUUAACAGGAAAGUGUUUCAAGCAUAAAUCAAAAGAACAUAGAUGUUUGAAGGCAAUAGUUUUAACCAAAUGCCAUAAGUUGAAUGACUACGGCCUGGGUCAGCUGCUUAGUGAAUGCACUGAGUUAGAAGAGCUCUACAUCUCCAAUUGUCCACACCUUUCGCCUGCCAUAAUGCACAAACUGUUCAAGAAUUUAAACAAUCUUAGAGUUUUCGUGGCCUCUGGGAUCAAUUUGGGUGAACAUGGAGAUGAAUACAUUGGAUGCAUGCAGCAGCUGGAGCAUGUUGAUCUGUCAUUCAGUCGUCAUGUCCUGGACACCACCAUCAUUUCCUUGGUACAAAACGCCAGGAACAUCAGGGUGCUGGACAUAAGUGGAUGCUCCUCCCUCACAGACGCAGGUGUGAUAUCGCUGGCCCACUUGCGAAAACUACAGAGGCUGUCUGUCAGCUACCUGCCAAACUCUCAGGUUUCAUCAGAAAGCAUUGACAGAAUAGUUCAAAAUGGCCAGCUGCAUGCAUUGGUGGCACAGGCAACAAAGUGUGUGACUGAUGAAGUGAUAAUCAGCCUAGCGACACUGUGCCCCUGUGUAGAGUACGUAGACGUCAGUGGGUGUUUCCAGAUUACGGCCAGGAUCUUUGAAGCCUUUCGAAUGGAUUCCAGUGUUCAGCGUCAAGCCAAGAUUGAACUCAAGCUUGGAGGGACUGCCAUAGACUGGGAGUCGUACCAGGUGGACUGGGUGUCUGGAUUCUCACACCUCGAUGUCUCCAUGCACAACUUAGCCAUCAACGCACUGCGGCCCGACAUGGAUAUUAUUCUUCCUAGUUAUGAUGAUGAUGAUGGCUGGGAGGAGGGUGAGGACUUUGCUCCACAUCUGCCUGUAGAAGCAUAUCAACCAGAUAAUGUGGACAUUGAUGAUGAUUGGGAUGAAGAUUACUAUGGCGACGGUUUCCUUGAAAAUGAUGACCCGCUGGAGCAGGAACAGUGGAACAUGUCCUAACACAGAGACACUAUGCAACUGAUCUUAUGUUUUAUGCAUGUCAUUGUUAUAUGCACUGCAAUGAAUUUAUUGAUAAACGUGUUAUGUGGUUUUA